GGUCCAUACACAGAGCAGCUAAGCAGAGACUAGACCCACCAUCUCUGCAAGCCAUGGGGCUACCCACACUACUAGGCUGUGUCUCCCUAUGGGCUGGGCUGGUGCUGGCUGAAGUGGGAUCAUUCAGUCGGUGCCAGCAGUAUUUCUACAAAGGAGUUGAGCCAGAGGGGUUCAACACCCAACGCACAGCAAAGAUCUGCCAGAGAUACAAUGGCACGUACCACUAUGCCACCCUGUAUGACAGGGACCACCGCAUCCCACGUUGGUCUGCAUACACGCUGAACGAGACGGCCUGUGAAGGGCAGCCCCAGAGAAGGAGCAGAUGGUUCAUAGAGCCACAGCUCUUUGGUGCAGACAAGGGCCCAGACAUGACAACAGAGGCAGAGUCAGGCCUGACCCCAGAGGAUCUGAGAUUCAGCCAGGCUGUCAGCGAGGACUAUGAGGACACCUCCUAUGACCCAGGACCCCUCAACCCAAAUGGCCUCCAGUGCAACAGCAACCACACGGCAAUUUUCACCCUCACCAACACCAUCCCCAUGAAGCCCUGCUUCCUCCGGAGCCGCUGGCACAAGCUGCAGCACCUAUUCCAGGCAGAGCUGGCCAAGAGCUGCCUCAGCCUGGGUGGAGUUGCCUACCUGGUGACAGGCUCUGGUCCCAGUAGGGAGAUGAUUUCCAGAGGGGGUGAGGACCAGGAAAGGGACCAGGCACAGCUGUGCCACCGGGUAUCAGUGCCCAGCUAUGUUUGGAUGGCCGCAUGCUGUGACAACCGCAACACCGACCACAAAUUCUCCCUUGCCUUCCUGGCUGAGAACAAAGAGGAAUCCCGGCUGCAAAUCCUCCCUGUGACACAAUUAAAUGGGGAGCUGCUGGUGUUGAACCAGACUCUUCAGAGACUCAGGAUCUUCGCAGACAAUUGCAGUGGUGGGAGCCAGAGAAGCCAGGAGGCUUUGUCCGCUCUAAGGGCCUCUGUGUACAUCGCUUUCCGGGACCGGGUGCUGGACUCUUAUUUCCAGUUCCUCCCUCCAGAGGAAAGGCAGAAACUGGACAAAAGGACCAACUGGGUGUGAAGAGCAGGAAUGAUGAAGAGCCGGAAUGGGGAUCUGUGCGAGGUGCGGUUCACAGCAGUCAGGGCCUUUGUAGAAGUGUCCAGCUCAGAAGCCUGGCAAAGGAAGUUUACUGCGAUGUACAACCAGGACAACCUGGCAUGUGUUCUCUCAUCUGCUCCUUCUGCCUCUGGGCUGGCCCAGACCCCAGGCACUUCAAGAAAAGUUUGUAUCCUGCAGGAGCAGAAACACCAGCUGGACUCUGAUGUUACAGCCUGGGGGUGGCACUGCAUUGGUCAUGCCUGUGGGAAACAUAAGGGAACUGCCUACAGUUGGUGUUACACUUCUAAGAGCUAUUACUGGAAUUACUGGGAUUACUGCUGCACUGAGAAGUGUACGUCUCAAUAUGAGUGUGCACGAGGGGAUGGGGGAACAGCGUACUGCUCACCUCAGUACUCAACUGUGACUGUAACAGGGCAGCUAUGUCGGGCUGACUUUCCCUGUGGCCUCUACGGGGAACGUUAUUUCUGGUGCUACACAGACUAUCGGCAGAACUGGAAUUACUGCUGCUCUCCACAUCACUACUGCGGGCACCAUGGUUACAGCUACCAGUGGUGCUAUGUUGGAGGCUGGAGGUGGACGUGGAAGUACUGCGUCCCUUGAGAUGCCCCCCAGGCAGGGACCCUCCACCUCCAUGUGGCUGCGGACGUGAUUGGAGAUGGAGUCUGAGAGUGAGCGCAGGGUGUGGCUGCAAGAGCAACUACCAGCCAUCUCCUUUUCUAGUUCCAGGUCUUUCAAAGGGCUGUGGUUGCUGCAUCACCCCUUGUGCUCAGGGUAGGUAGGGUGAGCUGAGUUGGGCAGGCGGAGAGGAUAUUCUUUAUUGUUCUUAGUGAAGGUGUUAGGUACUGAAAUCUGGCUCAGUGGCAAUAAAAGCGCACAUUUCAUUGCAGGGCCUAAUGAAGGUCACCUUGCCAGAUGCAUGAUCUGACUGAUGCCCUAGAAUAAGAUGUGUAGCAAAUCCACCCCCCCCCC